UUGAGUAAAGUCAAAGAGCUAAAACAGGAAGGCAGAAAAAGAGAUAAGGAAGAGAAAAAGAAAUACAAUACAAAAACUGACAAAGUGCAAGCAAAAUACGGGAAAUACGGAACAAGAUGGAUAAAGAAUGCGAGAAAAACAUCGAGAACGAUAGAAGGAACGACACCAAUGAUAAGGAAAGAAGAGAAGAAGAAAACAAGAGAUGAAAAGCAGUCAGACAUAGAAGA